AUGGCCAGGCGCAAUGGCAUGGUGGUGGCGGCUCGGCUAGGCUGGUGCUGCCUCCUGGUGGUGGCGCUUGCGCUAGGCGCCAUGGGUCAGCCUCCGCCUUCUCCCCGGAAUGAGGACAACACUCCUCCUCCUCCCAAUCCCGGGAACGGGGAUGAUCCCUGGGGCGGCGGGGACGGAUACGACCCUCCUCCUCCUCCCCCUGACAACUACUGGACCUUCGACGACGGGCAUCCUCGGACCGAGGUCAAGUCCUACGCCAACGGCCAGCCCUACCGCGCUGACUACAGCAAGCCAAACAAAAUCUAUACAUGUAACGAUGACUGGGGUAAAAAGUGCAUCGCACAGUGCCCGGAUCUCUGCCCCAAGUCCUGCUACAUGUCUUGCAGCGAUUGCGAGACGACAUGCAGGUGUGUAGUAUUCCCGGGAACAUCGUGUGGUGACCCUAGCUUCACCGGCGGUGACGGCGUCACCUUCUACUUCCACGGCAGGAGGGACCACGACUUCUGCCUCGUCUCCGACACCGAUCUCCACAUCAAUGCACACUUCAUCGGCAACCAUAACCCCGCCAACGACCGUACCUUCACGUGGAUACAGGCCCUCGGCAUCACCUUCGGCGACCACAGCCUCUACGUUGGUGCUCGUAAGGCCGUCGAGUGGGAUGAGGACGAGGACCACAUCGAGAUCACCCUCGACGGCGAGCCUGUAAACAUAGACACCGCCAACAACGCUCGGUGGGUGUCCAAGGUCCUUCCUGAUCUAUCCGUGAAGCGCAUAGACACUGUCAACUCUGUCAAGGUGGACCUCGCCGGUGUGUUUAGCAUCUCUGCCAGCGCCGUGCCAAUCAGCGAUGAGGACUCUAAGACCCACAGCUACGGCAAGACCAUGAAGGACAGCCUCGUGCACCUUGACCUUCGCUUCAAAUUCCAUUCUCUCACGAACAAUGUCGAUGGUGUCCUUGGCCAGACCUACCGGAUGGACUACGUCAACAAGAUGAACGUCACUGCCAGGAUGCCAAUAAUGGGUGGGGCGCCAAAGUACAUCUCAUCUGGCGGGCUCUUCUCCACCGAUUGUGCCGUCUCCAAGUUCCACCGCAACGUUGGUGGUAGCCAUGUCCUUGCAUCGGCAGCGUAA